UAAGAUGCCGAAGAAUUCAAAUCUCCAAGUUGGAACAACAUACAGCCUUUCAUCUUGAACUUCAGUCCAAAAUAAUGAAGUGAGAACUGCAACUAUAAUUAAAAUUAAGAGGCCAAAAAACAUUUGAGACGCCAUCUUCUUGCCAGCUUUCUCAUUGUGAAACUAUUCAAGUUUCAGUUCUAUUCACGGGGACAGCCUCAUGAUGCCCUUGAACAUCAACAUCAGCAUCAGCAGGACCGUCAUCAGUUGGUUGAUAACACCUUGAAAUUCCUCACCAUCAGUGUACAUAUGUCCAUUCCCUUUGACCUCGUAGAUCAUACCUUGCCCAAAACUAUUAUGUUCUGUGGUUGCAAUCCAACCAAAUUUCUCCGAUUAUAACCUGAAAUAAAACAAAAACAAAACGACAAGAAAUACAAUGAACUACUGGUCGUUUUAGUUAAUCUUUUCCCUGCUUUUGGCGCCAGUCAAUAGAGCUAUAACAAAACAAAACCACUAUCAAUCCUUAAACCUAGCAAAAAUCUGUAAUAAAAUCUCACUCAAAUCCUUUAAACCUUUUGCAAAGUUGAUGCUCAAUCUAAUACUCAAAAACCCAACAAUAAUCCCAUGUUUCUAAACCAAAUUUCUCUUCAAGGUUCCUCCACUUAUUCCUUCUUUUACCACUUCCCUUUCAUUAAGCUCAAACCCCUCCAUAUCUCUCUCAAACACACCCAGAACUUCCAAAAGUAUUUUAAUAGGAAUUGGAGCAGAUUGAGAUUAGCUUGUUAUAAUACUAAUGCUAUUUCUCAUUCAUUUGAUGAGCUUUCUAUUGAGGAAAAUGAAGGGAAUUCAAAGGAAGUUGCUAUCUUGCAUUGGAUGGAGAAUAGAGGGAUUAAAGCCAAUCAUCAAACUUUUCUUUGGCUUUUGGAAGGGUGUUUAAAUUCUGGGUCAUUAGAGGAUGGGAAGAAGUUUCAUGGGAAGAUUUUGAAGAUGGGUUACAGUAAAGAACACUUUUUAUCUGAAAAGCUUAUGGAUUUUUAUAUUGCUUUAGGUGAUUUAGACGGUGCAAUCAAAGUUUUCGAUGAUAUGCCAAAUAGAAAUGUUUUUUCUUGGAAUAAAAUGAUUUCUGGGUUUGUUUCAAGGAAAAUGAAUGAUAAUGCCCUGGGAUUUUAUUUAAGGAUGGUAGCUGAAAGUGUGAGUCCUAAUGAGAGUACAUUCACCAGCAUUUUAAAGGCAUGUAGCGCUAGUAAUGUUCUGUUUGAGAAUGUUGAACAAAUUCAUGCUAGGAUUAUUCAUCAUGGUUUUGGUUUUAGCUCCUUUGCUUGUAACCCAUUGAUUGAUUUGUACACAAAAAAUGGAUUUAUAGAUUCAGCGAAAAAGGUGUUUGAUAAACUAUAUGUGAAGGAUAGUGUUUCUUGGGUGGCUAUGAUCUCCAGCUUAUCUCAAAAUGGAUAUGAGGAGCAAGCUAUUAUGUUGUUUUCUGAGAUGCAUAUAUUGGGAAAUUUCCCUACUCCGUACAUAUUUUCUAGUGUUUUAAGUGCUUGCACGAAAAUAGAGUUCUUUAAGUUUGGACAGCAGCUCCAUAGCCUUGUUUUCAAACAGGGAUUUUCUUCUGAGACUAAUGUCUGCAAUGCUUUAGUAACUUUAUAUUCACGCUCUGGGAGUUUGGUGUCUGCAGAACAAGUUUUCAGCAAUAUGCUGCUUCGGGAUGAAACUACUUAUAACUCACUGAUCUCUGGGUUAGCACAGUGUGGAUAUAGUGAUAGAGCUCUAGAGUUGUUCGAGAAAAUGCAGCAUGAUAGCUUGAAACCAAACUGUGUUACAGUUGCCAGUCUUUUGGGUGCCUGUGCAUCUCUUGGAGCUUUAUUUACAGGUAAGCAGCUACAUUCGUACUCUAUAAAAGCUGGAUUUUCUAUGGACUUAAUUGUUGAAGGCUCUCUGCUUGAUCUUUAUGUUAAAUGCUCUGACGUAGGAACUGCACAUGAAUUCUUUAGUACAACAGAGACUGAAAAUGUGGUUUUAUGGAAUGUGAUGCUUGUUGCGUAUGGGCAGUUAGAUAAUCUUAGUGAGUCUUUUCAUAUAUUUAGACAGAUGCAGAUUGAAGGAUUGGUGCCUAAUCAAUUUACCUACCCAAGUAUUUUAAGAACUUGCACCUCAGUCGGAGCUCUUGACUUAGGAGAGCAGAUUCAUUCUCAAGUGACUAAAACUGGUUUUCAGUAUGAUGUUUACGUCUGUAGUGUAUUAAUUGACAUGUAUGCUAAGCUUGGAAAGUUAGAAACUGCCUUAGAAAUUCUCAGAAGACUUCCUGAGGAGGAUGUAGUUUCUUGGACAGCUAUGAUUGCAGGGUACACACAGCAUGAUAUGUUUGAUGAUGCUCUUAAACUUUUUGGAGACAUGCUAAACCAAGGGAUCCAAUCCGAUAACAUAGGACUUUCAAGUGCUAUCAGUGCAUGCGCUGGUAUUCAAGCACUCAGUCAAGGACGACAAAUUCAUGCCCAAUCUUUUCUCUCUGGUUUCUCAGAUGAUCUUUCAAUUGGCAAUGCACUUGUUAGUCUUUAUGCUAAAUGCGGUCAGAGGCAAGAUGCAUAUACAGCAUUCCAAAAAAUUGAUAAGAAAGAUAAUAUUUCAUGGAAUGCAUUAAUAUCAGGAUUUGCACAGAGUGGGUUCUGUGAGGAAGCAUUGCAGGUCUUUUCUCAAAUGAAUACAGCAGGAGUGGAAGCUAAUUUAUUUACUUUUAUCUCCUCUGUUAGUGCUGCUGCUAAUACUGCUAAUAUAAAACAAGGAAAGCAGAUCCAUGCCAUGAUCAUAAAAACAGGGUAUGACUUAGAAAUUGAAGUGUCUAAUGUUUUGGUCACAUUGUAUGCAAAGUGUGGUAGCAUUGAUGAUGCAAAAAAAGAAUUUUUGGAAAUGCCUGAGAAAAAUGAGAUUUCUUGGAAUGCCAUGAUCACGGGCUAUUCUCAACAUGGAUAUGGUAUUGAGGCAAUAGAUCUUUUUGAGGAGAUGAAACAGGUUGGUGUGAAACCAAACCAUGUCACUCUUGUGGGAGUUUUAUCUGCUUGUAGCCAUGUGGGUUUGGUGGAUGAGUGCCUUGGCUACUUUGACUCCAUGACCAAAGAACAUGGCUUAGUGCCUAAACCUGAACAUUAUGCUUGUGUUGUUGAUCUUCUUGGCCGAGCUGGUCUUUUGUGUCGUGCAAGAAAAUUUGUAGAGGAUAUGCCUAUUGAACCGGAUGCCAUCAUUUGGAGGACCCUCCUAAGCGCUUGUGCAGUUCAUAAGAAUGUAGACAUAGGAGAAUUUGCUGCUCAUCAUCUUCUUAAAUUGGAACCUCAAGACUCAGCGAGUUAUGUCCUUCUCUCUAAUUUAUAUGCGGUGUCUAGGAAAUGGGAUUCUAGGGAUCAGACAAGGCAAAUGAUGAAAGAAAGAGGUGUGAAAAAGGAGCCCGCUCAGAGCUGGAUUGAGGUUAAGAAUUCAAUUCAUGCAUUUUUUGUUGGUGACUGCCAUCAUCCAUUGGCUGAGAAGAUAUAUGAGCACUUAGAGGAUCUAAAUAAACGAGCUGCUAAAAUUGGUUAUGUGCAAGACCGUUAUAGCCUUUUCAGUGAUGUGGAACAAGAACAGAAGGACCCAGCUGUUUAUAUUCACAGUGAGAAGCUGGCUAUUGCUUUUGGGCUCCUUAGUUUGCCCAGUGCAAUUCCUCUUCGCGUGAUUAAGAAUCUUCGUGUGUGUAAUGAUUGCCACAAUUGGAUCAAAUUUGUUUCCAAGAUAUCUAAAAGGCCGAUUAUUGUACGAGAUGCAUACCGGUUUCAUCAUUUUGAAGGUGGCUCUUGUUCGUGCAAAGAUUACUGGUAAAUAAAAAUUGAAAGAGAGUGGACUAAGGAGGCUUUGAAAAUGCACCUUGAUUUAACGCCAGAGGAUGAUUUUGCGCUUCAUUUCAUGGAUGAUUCAUUGUGGUGAAAACAUAAGAGCACAUUUGAUGAGCCUGUUUCCGCUAACGGGUUGAAGUUAGAAAAAGUUCAAGGUGCAACAACUAGAUUAUCCUGCAGAUCAGUUUUUCUCACCUUUCGCUGUCUCUUUAGAAUACCAUAAGCCAGCCAACAAUGUGUGACUUGUUCUCGGAGCGUUGGACUCUUAAUUCUAGUGAGCGGCAUUCAAAUCCUUGCACCUUAAAGUAUUAAAAAAAAAUGCCAGAAGCUAUCUGCUCUGAUGUUAGACAAGAAGGUAACUUAAUAUCCACUUAAAUCUCAUGGCUCAUCUUUUACAUUUCUUUUGAGAAGUAUCAACCUUGUAGAAGUUUUAAACCUCAAAAUCAAAUGAGGGAAAGAGAAUGUAUAUGCUGAUUUCUAUCCCAGCUCCAUUUUUAAGUAGAAUAUUAAUGAAAUUGUAUUUUAUUAGGGCUUUGAUUUAUGGUUAACAACUUGCUUAUGCCUGUUUAGGUUUUCAAUAUCUUAUGUUGCACCAUAGUGGAUUGGUACUAAAAACUUUUUCAAUAAGAUGGUUAAGGGAAGCUAAGUUCUAGUAGGAUUGUUAAAUGUAAUUAGUCAUCGGAUUCAAUUAGGGUCGGACAUUUAACCCAUCACUGACAGGUUUCGACCUAACCCGACUCUACGGGGUCAAUUUUUUUUUUCAAAAUUCGAGUUUCGGCUCGGGUCAGAUAAGAU